GAGCUGAAGGGACUCGGGUCCGUUGGCACCGCGGUGAUUGGCAGGCGACGCUGCGGUGGCUUCCUCCUCGGUAGUGAGCGGCCGCCAUUGUCGGCUCGGCGAGCGGCUGGAGGAGCCCGUGAACGCGGCGAGCGGCGGAGGUGGAGGCGGCGGUCCAAAGGCAAGCAGGUGGUGUCUUGUGGGGGAAAGAAAGCGAGGCCAGGAGGCGGUGCACAGAAAAUGGAAUCAAAGCCAUCAAGAAUUCCACGGAGGCUAUCUGCUCAGCCAUCUGGUUCUCGAAGUGCUAGGAUAGGAGCUGGAAGUGGUGGAACAAGUUUAACUGAUUCAUACCAUACAAGAGAAUCUUCAUUAAGACUUGAUUCUGGAUGCCAGGAAUCUAGCAGGUUGCAUAGUUCCAAUAGAGACUGGGCAAUUGAAGAAAGAGAAACAUAUGAAAAUUCAUGGAAGCUUCCAGCUUCUUCUCCAACUCAUUACUCAGGAACACUUGAUUGUCCGUGGUCUGGAAGACUUUUGGGAAGCAGAAACAGAUUGCUUGCAUCAUCAUCAUCACUUCCUGCAUCAUCUUGGUUUGGUGAAUCUGAAAGAACUCAGGGAGCAUAUUCUUCAAGACUGCAUAACCAGCAACAAGAUAUUGAUUCAAAAAGACCUAAACUUUCUUAUACAUCUACCUCUAGUAUGAGAAGUAGUGGUUUAAAUACAGUUUCAGAUUCCCCAUGGAGGUACAGUGAUGUGCCCAGAUCUUCAUCUAUGGUACUUGGAUCAUUAACAACUGAACUUGUGAGAGAGAGAAGAGAGCUAGAAAGGACAGAGCCAUCUGUUAGUUUUGUGGAUUAUAGUCAAAGGAAUGGCGAUUUCCCUUCUUCAUCAUAUUUGCAGGAAAGACCUGCUUCUUCAUAUGCACAGGGAGCAAGACCAAAGGAAAACUCAUUGAGUUCUUUGAGGCUGAACACAUCCAUGAACCGCCAGUUGCCUUCUGAACGUGAAUCAUCAUUACUCUCUAGAGAUCAUAGCUGGAAUUCAAGAUCUAACUAUGUCCCAAGAGAAGUAGAGACUUCUGAAAGGAAUAUACAGCCAGAGUUUGCCCAUGGUACCAUGAGAAGUGGGACCAGAACCUCAAGCAAUUCUGAAGGAGUUUUGCCAUCCCAAAGGUCAUUAAGUGAACCUCCUGCUGAUACUGAAGGAAGACGUACAACAAGGCAAUUACUGUCUCGUUUAGCAUCUAGUAUGUCCUCCACUUUUUUCUCAAGAAGAUCUGGCCAAGACUCUUUGAAUUCUUCAAGACCAUUAGGUUCUGAAGGUGUAAGUAUUAUAAGAGCUCAAGCUUCUGCCCAGGCUACUUCUUCUAACACACCUACAAUUUCUGAAAGUACAGAAGCUCAAACACCUGAUGGUUCUCAGGGAUUUAGCUUCCUUAGAAGACGCUGGGGUUUGGCAGGUAUUUCGCCAAAUCCUAGUGCUGAUUCAGAAGCUGGAAGUUACAGACAUAAUUCUGAAAGUAGAAAUGCAGGUUCCUGGCUGUCAUCUUCUUUGAGGAACAGAUGUACACCUUUGUUUUCCAGAAGGAGAAGGGAAGGAAGAGAUGAAACUGCAAGAACCUCUACCUCUGAAACAUCUGCUAGGUCACUGCAUCUUUUUAGGAGAAGAGAAUCUGUUGGGGAUGCACCUCUUGAAGCACAAAGGGAAUCCCUCAGGCCUAGGCCAUCAGCACCUGCAGUACCUAGUGGUACUACAUCUGUUGCCUCGGAGUCAGAUUCAGUGCCUCCUAGAAGAAAUUCAGGAAUAUCAGGAAUGUUUCCUGGCUCUCUUUUCCGGUUUGCAGUGCCACCAACUUUGGGAAACAACUUGUCCGACAAUGUUAUGAUAACUGUUGAUAUUAUUCCAUCAAGCUGGAAUCAGCCUAAUGGACAAGAUAAUGACAAAUCUAAAAUACCACCUUCAAGAGAUCCAGAAAGGCUUCAGAAAAUUAAAGAGAGUCUUCUUUCAGAAGACUCAGAAGAAGAAGAGGGAGACUUAUGUAGGAUUUGUCAAAUGUCCUCUACAUCUGCCACUAAUCUCUUAAUUGAGCCAUGUAAAUGCACUGGAAGUCUGCAGUAUGUUCACCAGGAAUGUAUGAAAAAGUGGCUACAAUCCAAGAUUAACUCAGGUUCUUCAUUGGAAGCUGUAACUACCUGUGAAUUGUGUAAAGAGAAGUUGCAUCUUAAUCUUGACAAUUUUGAUAUCCAUGAACUCCAUAGAGCACAUGCAAAUGAACAAGCAGACUAUGAAUUUAUCAGUUCUGGGCUUUACCUUGUAGUAUUGUUGCAUUUGUGUGAACAGCGCUUUUCAGAUAUGCUGGGAACUACAAGUGAGGCCAACACACGUGUCCGGUUUAUUAAUCUUGCAAGAACUCUUCAGGCACACAUGGAUGAUAUUGAAACAGCUUCAGAUGAUGAUGAUUCUGAAGAUGGUGAUCUCGAUAGAACCCUUGAUGCUGCAUAGAUGGAAAUGGAAGGGCUAAACGCUCAGCUGACACAAGUAUCAUCAGUGCACAUUUAUUUAGUAAAAACAUGCUGAAUCCUAUUAGAUUUCUGAAGAAUUGCUGAGUCAACAGAAAAUCUGCUGUUGCACACCAGUAUCCAUAGAUAUUGGAUAUUGCUCAUUCAGUCUGCAAGAGUAUCUUUCUUCUUUCAGAUUGUGACAUGUAUGCCUUCUUCUAAAAGACAUGAUUUUUAUGUGUAAGGAAGAUUUCUUUUUGUAUAAACUUCUUACAGAAAUCAGUUACAAAUUCUGGGAAAUGUUUUUCAAGUUUUGCUCUUCUGCUGGUACUAAGUGGAACUAUUAAGUGAGUUUGCAAGCCCAAGUCAUGGGGAGGGGAUAAUUCUUUCUUAACUUACCAUUUAAAAAUAUCUACUGGGAAGUCUCAUUGUUUUGCUUCCAGUGUUAACAACCUAGAUUGAAUGAGGGAAUGAAUGGGUUCUGUGAUUAGUGUUAAGUUUCUCUAAGUUCUUCUUGAGGAAUGUUUAACUCAAAGCAAUAAACUUGCAAGGGGCUACUAAUAAGUGUUAAUUAUGGCUUUUAUAAGUAUUGAUUUCAAAAUUGCGGAUUAUAUUUGAUAAUAUGUAGAAGUUCCAGUAAGGAAUUGCAGCAGUAAACA